CAGCUGAACUCGCGGGUCCGCAUAGUGUAGCCGUCGACGCAUCAGUCAGUCGUCUGCGUGACCGCCGUCGUGUUUGGCUUCGUUCGUUCGUUGAUCCCCACCGAUUUGACACGUGUGAUCGCGGCGUGCGCGUGUGUGAUAGAUCGUGUGCGGAUUUGAUCGUUUUUCGAAUAUUGUUCACCGUAAACGCAUUUAACCUUUUGUGUAGUCGUUUUCUAAUCGAAUUUCUUAAAGCAAUAAAUCCGUUCGCCGCGAUGGAUCCGUCGUCGUUGUCCCGGGUGUUCGUCGUAACUGGCCGAUUUCAGACCGGGUGUUGAGUUCGUGGUCGUGUGGCGUAUUGUUGUCAUAUUAUACACGUAUCGUACUUACGAGUAGCCGCGUUUGCUGUCGUACUGCGCUUAGCGUUAAUUUCGGGUGCGUUGUGCUAUGAUGUUGUACGUCUUGCCGCCACCGGCAACCGCCAAUCCACCGUCCCCGUGGUCCACGAUACUAUGUGACGACGGACGACCGUCGUCUGUACGCGGCGGUAGUGGUGGCCAGCAAGAGCCGCCGGUGGCCAACGGUGGCCGGUUGACGUACAAACGGAACGCCAGCAAUAACAGGCGAGUCAAAGCUUGGCUAAACGCCGUCCAAAAAAACAACCGUCCACCACCGCCCAGGAAACCUUCAGUGGACACUGCCGGUCCUGAGGAUUCAGGAGCCGGUAGUUCAUUGGAUGAAGAUGAGCCGAUCAAAACCAAUCGCAGGCUUAGCGAGUGUUAUUUUGCCAACAAGGGUUCGGCGGCGGUGCUGUGUUCGCUCACGUCGCACCAGCAACAGCAACCACAGCAACAGCCACGCCGUAAAAGACACCACCAUCAUUCGCUACACCCGCACAGACACCAGUCGCUGUCCGCUCCGGCGUCCAGUCGGCUGUCCGCCGGCGAAGACGAAAUGCAGACCCGUGCCAACGACAUACAGGCACAUCUGCAGUCUAUGUUCCACAUACUCAGACCCGAUGACAGUCUGAACAUGGCAGUAAAGCUGGAAAGCGUACAUUCAGGCCGUACCAGAUAUUUAGUUGUAGUUUCUUGUAUAAAUGGAAAUUGUCAAGAGGAAUCCUGUCUUUUGGGUCUUGACUGUAACCAGAGUACUACUAUUGGGCUGGUGCUUAGACUUCUUGCAGAUACCACGAUCACGCUGGAUGGAGAUGGAGGAUUCAGUGUUAGCGUAUGCAGCCGCCAACAUAUUUUUAAACCAGUCUCGGUACAAGCCAUGUGGUCGGCUCUUCAAUCCUUACAUCGGGUGAGCGCUCAAGCCCGUGAACACAACUUUUUCGAAGGUGGCCUUACCCACGAUUGGAUAACGCAUUACGAGAAACAAAUCUCUUCCGACCAGUCAUGUUUGAACGAAUGGAACGCUAUGGAUUCAAUUGAGUCGCGUCGUCCUCCGUCACCCGACUCAUUGAGGACAAAACCUAGCGAACGCGAAGAAACUGAACGCGUGAUACGCAGUGCCCUGAAAGAAAUCAUGAUGAGCGUAGACCUGGACGAAGUGACGUCCAAGUUCAUUAGGGGCCGUUUGGAAGAAACGCUAGACAUGGAUCUGGGUGAAUACAAACCGUUCAUCGACCAAGAGAUGCUCACCGUGUUGGGUCAGAUGGAUGCGGCCACGCAAAUAUUCCCUCACGUUUACCUUGGUUCCGAGUGGAAUGCGUCAAACCUUGACGAACUAAGCCGAAAUGGUGUACGACACAUACUGAAUGUGACAAGGGAAAUCGACAAUUUCUUCCCUGGCUCGUUCAACUAUCUCAACGUUAGGGUGUACGACGAUGAUAAGACUGAUCUAUUAAAGCACUGGGAUAACACCUAUAAAUACAUCACAAAAGCCGAACAAGAAGGCUCUAAAGUCUUGGUACAUUGCAAGAUGGGCGUCAGUCGGUCUGCGAGCGUCGUAAUAGCGUACGCUAUGAAGGCUUACAACUGGUCUUUCAAAAAAGCACUAGACCACGUUCAGUCUAAACGCACCUGCAUUAAACCCAACAAACAUUUCAUCCUACAGCUAGAAACUUAUCAAGGAAUAUUGGCCGCGAUGAAAAACCGCGAGAAAUUGCAGCGCUCCAAAUCCGAGACAAACUUGGUGGCCACGUCAGGCCUCAUCACUCCUCCUAAUUCGCCGAAAAAGGCUCUGGACACCCCGAGGUCACAGAGUGAAGGUGACAAAGACGCUACGCCACCGGAUCGGUUAGACAAAGAAAACGAACCCGUCGUGCCUAGUCCGCCAACACGAUUGAUGCCGCCAAAGUUAUUAGAUAUCAGUGGAUACGAUUUGAUGAAAUGCGGCGGCAGACCAAAGUCAUGGUCACCAGAAAAUAAUUUUGCCACUGACAUUUUAACCAGCUCUACGUUAUUGUCGCAAUCGUUGGAGAAAAUUAACACGGAUAAAAUUGCUGUAGAAGUGGAAGUAGAAGUUCCGAAUAUUCCACCUGCACCACCGUUGCCUCCAUUCGAAGCCCAUAAGUACAACGUCAGUGUGUUCAUGCCUUGCGGAAACGGCCUAAGAUCGUACAGCGUGUCGCAGAACAAAAUCGUUCAGUUACAACCAGCUACACCACCAGCCCCCAGACCAUCGUCGGUUAAGCUGCGAGUCAACGAACUGGAAUCUAGCGGCAUCGUCGGCAGUUGCAGCGGUAGCGUCACUAGCAAUAGCGCCGGUGGUUGCACGUCUAGUCCGGACCGCAAAUCGACGACGGACCCGGGCCGGAAUCUGGUGCUGAAUCUCACCACCCAGUUUGAGGGCGUGGUGGCCUCGUCGAGCGCGGCCAAUUCGCCUUCCGACGACAACGUUCUAGUCAACAAACCCUUGUCCGCCGAAUCGCCGAAGUUUAGCCGGAUAGCCGUCCACAGACCUCCCUCGAUCGCUGUUUGCACCCCACAGAAACGGGACGGUGGUGAUCUGUUUUCGUCCCGACUGGACAGGGUGUUUGAACGUGAGGAGCGCAAACAGUGUCGCGAACCAUUCGACCAUCAAACGGCGGCGGUGGCUGUAAGCGCUGGUGACGUGUCCCGACAAAACUCGUGGAGCUCCUACGACAGUGCCGUCGUGUUGCGUGACGUCAUAUCCAGACACAGUUCUUGGGGCUCUUGCGACACACGUACCUUGCCGUCCAGGAACAGUUCGUGGGGCUCGUACGACGUCCGGCCGACCAUGCAGUACGUCAGCGAACGCGGCGAAAGGCCGUCCGUAAUCUCCACUGCCGCCGCAGACGUCGCUAAAACGGCCGCGGACGAACCUUGUUACCGGCCGGCCAAGAGGCCAAAGCAAAAGGACCAGCAAAAACUGCUGCAGCCCAAUUGCUAUUCGAGCUCGCCGACACUGGGCCUGCAAGGAGCUUCGCACAAGCUAGCCAACCGGGCGACUGCGUCUCAGCCGAACAUAUCUGGUCUUGGCAACACCCCCGUCACCGCUGCGUGCAACAACAAGCACAGCAGUCUGGUAAGGAGUUUGAAAGAAGAGUUUGAGGCCAAGGCGGGCGACGCCGUAGAAAAACCGUCGAGGAAGAACAGCGGUGGCGGAGGCGGUGGGAGUUCGACCGAGGACGACGGCACCGGCACUGAACACGUCAAGAGCCUGCCCACAUCUCCGGUCAGCGAACACCCAAAGGUCACACAACGGCCCAGCCCGGCCGCGUCCAUGGAGGACAUAUCGGUCAGGAAACUUGUGGGCAAGUACGAAAACGGCAGGGCCCGUUCCAAGACGUUCGUGCAGGACAGUGGUUGUCCGCGCAAUCCGCUCUACCAGCAGCCGCCGGUGCCGCCGCGAGUGUCCAGCCUGGACGUGUCCGCGAUCAGGCCACGAAAGUUCGAGUGCAAUCCCGUCGUCAAAACUGUUGUGUUGCCCAUACAACAGAGCGACAUCCGCGCAUCCGUCAACCGGGCCGCCAACAACAAAUUACAACAGGGCAAAUCGCAUCCGCUGACAAAAUUGUCGUUCAAACAGCUGAAAGUGAACAGUACUGUUUACAACAGCAUGUAAAGGGUACAAACAGAUCGGCGGAUAACCGUAAAAUGCAUAACGCGUCUGAGUCGUAAUAUUAUUAUUAUAACGUACUAUAUGCGUGUUGACUCUUAAUGAAUGUGUUUUUUUUUUUGUUUUUUAUUUUGUACUUUUGAAUUCUGUUACGUUAUAAUUCUGUUUUUACUUUGACAAUUCAUCUGUGUAACGUUUUAUUUUUCAUUUUUUUUUUUCUAUCCGUUUACUGCAGUAUAAUAUAAUAGUGAACACUUCUCGUCGUCUCUCCUCCCACCCAC